AAUUACGUAGUAACAAGUAGGCGACGACAGAAUUGACAUAGGAAAACCCUUUUAGGUUUUGGCCACAUUUGCGGUGUGAAAACGGAGCCGAGCAAAAGUCAAGUUGCUGUGUGCAGUUUCUAUAUUCAUUUUCUUGUUGUUUCGUUUUGAAUUUUUGGUUUUUCCUACAAUGGUUAAUAACAAGGACAACAAGAAACAGAAGAAAGAGCAGAAAUCGGUGGCAUCGUCGUCUGGCCUGGUCACCAAGAUGCGGCCAGCACGCCCCAAGGCCGCGAAACCGAUUGAUCGGAAGCUCAAGGAGGUGAAGGAACACAAGCCGCACUUUGACGACAUGAUCGGCAACAUGAGCACUCUGCUCAAGCCGGUGGAUGGAACAACCAUGACCAAAAAGACGGCCCCAGUGCAGCAGACCUCGCCGGGCAAGCCUUCUUCGCCGGGCAAGGCUUCGUCCCCAGGCAGGGCUUCCUCGCCAGCCAAGCCAACUUCGCCGGCUAAGCACCAGCACCCUGCACCAGCUGGACGGCACCCUUCUCCGGCUAGGUGGGAUGAACCCACCCACCCACAACUUUCUAUUGGUUGUUUUUCUGACAUACAAUUGAACCGCGAACUCCACAGCCCGGAGAUCCAACUACCUGGAUCUGCAUUACUUAAUGAAUUUUACGAUCAGAUCCCCAUGCCGGGAUCUCCGAUUUGGGAUCCCUUGGAAGAUCCCAUGGGUCAGCCGCUGUUCGUGGAGGCUGUAGUUACGCCGCCGGGCCAGUAUCCGGGGCUCGAGAUUGAGAUAGAAUCGGAACCUGAGGUGGUGAAUACCUGGGAAAGUGCUCAGGUGAGCCCGGUGCUCCAGGAGGUCUUGUUGGUGGUGCCGGCCUACGGACUGACCAUGUUCAUCCGGAAUCCGGAUGGCAGCUACGACCUGUACACCGGCCUGCAGUCGUCGCUCCCGGAGGUGGAGAAUGUCAAUAUCCCGGAUAUAUAAAUAUAAUUCUUAAAUUGGAAUUGAAAUUUGAAAUUUGCGCCCAAAUCAAAAUCGCGAUAUUUUUUGAUAUUUUUUUCCUUGGUCACCCUGCCGGCAGAACUGCUUUGUCCAGCCAGAAACUGCUUUGGCAACCCGUGGAGUUUCUAUAAAUAGUUUUU